CCGCCCCGUUGCCCCGCGCGCGUUUUUCGCGUCACGGGAAGAAAGAAAGAAAGAAUGGAGGCGCAGAAAGAAAACCGGCCGGCCGAAGAGGAGGGAGCUAAAACGGACGCCCGCGCGGCCGGUUCGCCGCCUUUCCACCAGAGUAAGCAGUGCUGUAGACUGGAUUGUCAAGAAGAUAAUAAAAAGAAAUCCAUAUCCAGUUCAAGUGACUUCAGUGACCCUGUUUACAAAGAAAUUUCGCUGACAAAUGGUUAUAUCAAUAGAAUGAGCAGAGAUGAGCUUAGAGCUAAACUUGCGGAAUUCAAGCUUGACACUAGAGGAGUGAAAGAUGUAUUGAAGAAGAGACUAAAAAAUUAUUACAAGAAAGAAAAAUUAAUGCAAAAGCAACCGACAAAUGCAAAUAAUUACUAUGAUUACAUCUGUGUUAUUGACUUCGAAGCAACAUGUGAAGAAGGAAAUCAGCUUGAACUUACACAUGAAAUCAUUGAGUUUCCUAUUGUCCUAUUAAACACUCGGACAUUAGAAAUAGAGGAUACAUUUCAACAGUAUGUGAAACCAGAAAUUAAUCCUCGGCUCUCAGAUUUCUGCAUUAAUCUGACAGGAAUCUCUCAGGACCUUGUAGACAAAGCUGAUGAAUUUCCAAAAGUUCUGCAGUGUGUUGUGGAUUGGAUGAAACAAAAGGAGCUGGGAAGCAAAUACAGCUAUUGCAUAUUAACUGAUGGGUCCUGGGAUAUGAGUAAAUUUUUAAAUAUCCAGUGUCGUGUCAGUCGUCUGAAAUAUCCUUCUUUUGCCAAGAAGUGGAUCAAUAUUCGGAAAUCCUAUGGGAACUUCUACAAGGUACCCAGAAACCAGACCAAAUUAUCAACCAUGCUUGAAAAGCUUGGAAUGGACUAUGAUGGACGGCCUCACAGUGGGCUUGAUGAUUCAAAGAAUAUUGCAAGGAUAGCAAUUCGCAUGCUUCAAGAUGGAUGUGAGCUGCGGGUGAAUGAAAAAUUGUAUGAUGGGGCGCUAUUGACAGUUUCUUCCUCUACGCCAAUAGAGGGAGCUCCUGCACCACAGAUGCCCAAGUUUCGAUAAAGAUUAGAAACGGUUUUUUUUCUUUGUUCAGGACCAUGUACAAAGGCAGCCAAGACUUCAUCUGGGACAUUUCCGUAAACAGGUGCUUGUUUCCCAGUUUAACUUCUUAGUGAAAUGUAAACUUUAUUAAUUAAAACAUUGUUAAUUUUAUGUCCUUCUCAAUUUAUCGUACUUGCUUUGAUAUGAAUUGUUUCUUUAGUUGUCUAAAUACUUUUAAUAAAAUAAACAUAAAGCUUAAAAUAUGGUCUGCAGACAUAACACUGUUCCUCACCAAUUUCUUAAGAAAUCAGUGCUUGCAAGACUGUUGAGUAGCAUGGCAUGGUGUUUUGCUACUCAAGUUUCUGCUAGACUUUGCAGAACAAUAUUGACUUCACCACUUGCUUUCAUUUUAAAACUUGUCAUUUUUUUUAAGUCAUUCACAGUGCAGUUAUUCAAGGGUCUUUUUGUUUCUACUUUUGCCCAAUUAAUAGAAAGUUCAUAUAGUGAUAAGAAACAUUUUGCUUUUUUUGUAUCAGAAAGGAGUAAGUUAAGUUUGAUAUUAACACUGUGUUGAAAUCAUUGCGACUGAAAUGCUUUGGCUGGAUCAUGUUUCUGUUUCUUUUCUUUUUCUUCUACUCUGUAUCACUUUGCAUGAUGUGACUUAUGCAAAACCACUCUACCUCUUUUGUAAAAGCAUAAGCGGAAAUAGGCAUCUGUCUGUAAGAAUUUAAGGUAAGAAUUAGCACUUAGGCUUCAAUGUUAAAAUGUUAUUAAGUAAUUCUUAUGACUGAGAAAAAAUUAUGUGUGUAAAUAACUAUUCUGAUCAGUUGGAAAAGUCUAUAAAUCCAUGUUUUGAAUUUAGUCACAGAAAAUCUUCAGAUUUGCCUUAAUAAAUACAACUACAGUUUCAAGUGGAACAUAAGACAUUACAUAAUGUUGUAAUAAAUUAAUGUGUAGCUUUUGGAUGUGGUUAUGAGCAAAUGCUUCUGUCUUUUCACCUGAUUUGAUUGACACAUUUUGAUUCUACCCUUCUUUCAAAGCUUGCUGUUCAGUUUCUGUUCCGUAUGUCUCAUCCUGUUUUAUCCAAGAACAAAUAACAAAUGAAAAUAAGUUAUUAACUGAAGUCAUCCAGUGAGUUUUGUGUAAAGAUGGAAAUUCAAAUCUAGGUUUCCAAGUCCAGUGCUUAUUGUACUUGGUCUAUGGUUUUAUACAUGAUACAAAACCUUGUCCUGACUAGGCAAGUAAUUUUUAUGCAGUUGUUCUGAUAUUCAUGAAAUUCCUCUUUAAAGUGCCAUUGUAUUCUUUUGCAAUAUUUAAAAAUAAUAGUCUUUAAAGUGCUAGGAUAGAUUACCUUUUUUGAUUUUGUCCUUUAUUUUUGUCAACACAAAAUAACUCUGUUUACAGUAAAGAUUGUCAACAUUUGUCCCUUAUAGUAAAUUAUAGCAUUUUA